CGUGUGUCAAGAGCGAAACCAGAAACUAUCUAAUCGUGGUCAUAUCGCAGUUUUGAUUUUUCUUUCGUUCGGUAAACGAGAUAAAUCUGAAUCAGUCUGAAUAUUGAAUCCGUCAUUGGUUGGGGGAAGAACCACCGACAUUCCAACAUGUUGCUGUGAAAAGUAGUACCGAAGAAAUUUUCUCACGCGCUUAUCUCCCGUCUUUGGCACUUUCGCGCAAUAGGUUGCACACGAAUCGUUUCAGUUUGUGAAAAACUGUCCUCGGUGUGUUUUUUCCGCUGGCUUUUGGCCAUUUUCCGGUGAGUUUGCCGAGAUAAAUCGGCGUAGGAAUACAAGAAUCAUCCGGUGGCCAUCUUGGCGCGUCUCAAACAAAGCCCCCUCUCAGAACGGAGUGUGCUGUGGUCGGUUGUGUAUUGUGCGUAUUUCAAGCGCUGAAAAAACGCAAAUUUUCAAUGAAAAACACUGAAAAAGUGGCCGAAAGCACGCGGAGAAUGUGUCUAACGUAGUGGUGCGUGUGUGGAGUGUGUGCCCCAUGAGGGAAUUUACACGAAAAUGUGGAUUACUAACUGGAAGGAUUAUGAUUUACGGAUUAUAGUGUCUUCCGCGGUUUUACUGGCCCUAGCGAAUGUAGCAACAGCUUUCGUUUCCUGCUCCCCUAGUCCAUGCAAAAACGGAGGGACGUGUGUAUCGUCGCUGAAAGGAGGCGAUUCCUAUUGCAACUGUACGUCGAAAUACGUGGGUGAAUACUGCCAGCAUCUCAACCCUUGUCACACUGGUCCAGGUCCCCGAUGUCAAAACGGCGGUUCAUGCACUGUCCGAAUAUCAGCCGGGGGUUCACCAAGUUUCACAUGCGCCUGUCCGUUGGGAUUUAGUGCUUCGUUAUGCGAAAUACCAAUCGCAAAUUCGUGCGAUAAAAAGCCCUGUUUGAAUGGGGGUACUUGUUCGCUGAGAUCGUUAAAAGCGUAUCAGUGCUCCUGUGCACCGGGCUAUACAGGAAAACACUGUGAAAAGGAGGACCAUUGCGCUUCGCAACCUUGCCGAAACGGCGCAAAAUGCACAUCAGUGGGCGAUUCGUUUGAAUGCACGUGCGCUCCGGGAUUCACCGGUCCUGCAUGCAAGGACGACAAGGACGAAUGCCGUCAUAAGCCGUGCGUACAUGGCAAAUGUCAUAAUACGCACGGCAGUUAUACGUGUACCUGUGACGAAGGCUAUACGGGACAAAACUGCGAAAGCGAGUACAUACCAUGUGACCCGAGUCCGUGCCUGAACGGCGGACAAUGUCGCCAACGUGACAAACAUACAUAUACCUGUGAUUGUCCUACAGGUUUUCGUGGAACCAAUUGUGAAGAGAACAUUGAUGAUUGUCCAGGUCAUCAAUGUCGAAACGGUGCAACUUGUAUCGAUGGCAUCAAUUCGUACACGUGCCAAUGUCCAGCAACGUAUACUGGACGUUUUUGUACACAAGACGUAGACGAGUGUUCAUUAAGACCAUCAGUGUGUCAAAAUGGUGCCACGUGUACGAAUAGUAUUGGUGGUUUUUCAUGUAUUUGUGUUAACGGUUGGACUGGUGCUGAUUGUUCUGUCAAUAUCGAUGAUUGUGCAGGAGCGGCGUGUUUCAACGGUGCUACCUGUAUUGAUAGAGUUGGGAGUUUCUACUGCAGGUGUACGCCGGGAAAAACUGGUUUGUUGUGUCAUCUGGACGAUGCCUGUACAAGUAAUCCCUGUCAUGCGGAUGCAAUUUGUGACACAAGUCCAAUAAAUGGGUCAUAUACUUGUAGCUGUGCAUCAGGAUAUAAAGGAAUCGAUUGUUCAGAAGAUAUAGACGAGUGCGAACAAGGUUCGCCAUGCGAACACGACGGAAUCUGCGUUAACACCCCCGGCAGUUUCGCAUGCAAUUGCACGCAAGGCUUCACUGGACCACGUUGUGAGACCAAUGUAAAUGAAUGCGAAUCGCAUCCAUGCCACAAUGAUGGCUCCUGUUUGGAUGAUCCGGGAACAUUUCGUUGCGUUUGUAUGCCAGGUUUCACCGGCACCCAGUGCGAAAUUGACAUCGACGAAUGCAAAGAUCAGCCCUGCCUUAACGGCGGUGUCUGUCAUGACCUCAUCAAUUCGUUUAAAUGUAGUUGUGCAAUCGGUUUCACCGGUUCCCGUUGUCAAAUCAAUAUCGACGAUUGUGUUUCAUCGCCUUGUCGAAAUGGUGGCACUUGUCAUGAUUCAAUUGCCGGUUACACGUGCGAAUGUCCGCCAGGUUUCACCGGUUUGUCAUGCGAAACAAACAUCAAUGAUUGUCAAUCGUCGCCAUGCCAACAUGGCGAAUGUCUCGAUGGUGAAAAUUCCUUCAGUUGCACGUGUCAUCCCGGUUACACCGGUUACCUGUGUCAAUAUCAAAUCAACGAAUGCGAAUCGAAUCCGUGCCAAUAUGGCGGCUUGUGUCAGGAUUUAGUCAACGGUUAUCAAUGCCUGUGUAAAGCCGGGACUUCAGGACCGAAUUGCGAGAUCAACGUCAAUGAAUGUUACAGUAACCCAUGUCGGAAUAAUGCAAGAUGUGUCGAUGGAAUUAAUAGUUAUAACUGCGAAUGUAUUCCGGGAUUCACCGGCAAACAUUGCGAGAAUGACAUAGAUGAGUGCGCUUCAAACCCGUGCGCCAAUGGGGGCGUUUGCAUCGACAUGAUAAACGGUUUUCGAUGCGAAUGCCCACGUGGUUACUAUGACGCUCGUUGCCUUAGUGACGUUGACGAAUGCAAUUCAAAUCCAUGCAAACAUGGCGGCAGUUGCGAGGAUGGCGUCAAUCAAUUCAUCUGUCAUUGUCUACCAGGUUACAGUGGUAAACAAUGCGAAAUCAACAUUGAUGAAUGCGCGUCAAAUCCCUGUCAACACGGUGGCAUUUGUCACGAUCAUCUCGCCUCCUAUACUUGCGAAUGUUUACCCGGUUAUACUGGCAUUAAUUGUGAAACGAAUAUCGAUGAUUGUGCGAUUAAUCCGUGCAAAAAUCGUGGCACGUGUAUUGAUCAAGUCAAUGAUUAUAAAUGUGUGUGUGAAUUGCCGUUUACUGGACGUAAGUGCGAAGAUAAGUUGGAUCCGUGUACACCGAACCGGUGUCGGCAUAACGCGAAAUGUACGCCAAGUUCGAAUUAUAAGGAUUUUGCGUGUACUUGUAGCGGGGGUUAUACGGGGCGGUUUUGCGAUCAAGACGUCGAUGAAUGUGUGGUUUCGAAACCGUGCCGAAACGGCGCCACUUGUAAGAAUACCAAUGGGUCGUACCAUUGCAUUUGUGCGCUGGGUUAUGAAGGAAAAGACUGCAGUAUUAAUACGGAUGAUUGUGCUUCACAUCCGUGUCAAAAUGGCGCCACUUGCCUGGACGACAUUGGCGAUUACACCUGUCUAUGUGUGAACGGUUUCGAAGGUAAACAAUGCGACAUUGACAUCGACGAAUGUUUGUCAAAUCCGUGUCAAAACGGUGCAACUUGCAACCAGUACGUCGAUUCAUACACGUGCACAUGUCCAUUGGGUUUCUCCGGCAUUAAUUGUCAAACGAACGAUGAAGAUUGCACGGAAACUAGUUGCAUGAAUGGUGGUACAUGCAUUGAUGGUAUAAAUUCGUACACUUGUACGUGUAAACCGGGCUUUACCGGCUCAAAUUGCCAAAAUCGUAUCAAUCUAUGUGACAGUUCGCCGUGUUUAAAUGGCGCUACAUGUCAAGACCAUACCACGCAUUACACGUGUCAUUGUCCCUAUGGUUACACGGGUAAAGAUUGUGGGGAGUAUGUUGAUUGGUGUUCGACGAAUCCAUGCGAAAAUCAAGCGACUUGUGUACAAAACAAAAACCAAUAUCAGUGUUUGUGCGGCGUUGGUUGGACGGGGAAGGUAUGUGAUGUGGAAAUGGUCAGUUGUAAAGAUGCAGCACUGCGUAAAGUUGUACCAUUGAAAAAAUUAUGUAAUAAUGGGACAUGUGAGGACAUUGGGAAUUCCCACCGUUGCCAUUGUUCGGAUGGUUAUAGUGGUUCGUACUGUCAGACGGAAAUCAACGAAUGUGAUUCGGCGCCGUGUCAAAACGGUGCCACGUGUCUCGAUUUGAUUGGUUCCUACUCGUGUAAAUGCCCCAAAGGUUUCCAAGGCCAAAAUUGCGAACUAAACGUCGAUGAUUGCAAACCGAACCCGUGUCAAAACGGUGGCACUUGUCACGAUCUCGUUAAUAGUUUUUCGUGUAGUUGUCCAUCGGGUACUUUGGGUUACAUUUGUGAGAUUAAUGUCGACGAUUGUCGGCCAGGGGCGUGCCAUAACAACGGUACAUGUUUGGACAAAGUUGGCGGUUUUGAAUGCAAAUGCCCGCCUGGUUUUGUUGGCCCAAGAUGUGAAGGUGACAUUAAUGAGUGUCUGUCAAAUCCUUGCUCAAACGCCGGCACUCUAGAUUGCGUCCAGCUAGUAAACGACUAUCAUUGUAACUGUAAACUGGGCUUUAUGGGCCGACAUUGUGAAAGUAAAGUCAACUUUUGUGCGACUUCGCCGUGCCAAAACGGCGGUGUUUGUACAACAAUCCAUGCUGGGCACAAAUGCACAUGUCCUGAAGGUUUCUACGGAAAAAACUGCGAAUUCAGUGGUUAUGAUUGUGAUUCGAAUCCUUGUCAAAAUGGUGGUGUUUGUCGCAUCUCAGAUGGCGGCGGUUACAUUUGUGACUGUCCCAGUGGUACCAAUGGUACCAACUGUGAAAUUGACACGAUCAACGAAUGUGACAGUAACCCGUGUAAGCAUUUGGACGCCAUUUGCCAGGACAAACUGGGCGAUUAUGCGUGUUAUUGUCCCCCUAAACAUACGGGCAAAAAUUGUGAAAUUUACGACAGGGGUUUCCCCGGUGGUCUGGGCCGGGCAGUGGUACCAACCCUUGACGCCACUAGUUACUAUGCCAAGGAUUUGGAAAAACAGCGGCAACAAUGUAACCAGAACAAAUGCCCAGUUAAGCGUGGUAACGGCCGCUGUGAUGAGGAAUGCAACACUUAUGCGUGCGAGUUUGACGGGAAUGAUUGUUCCCUUGGGAUUAAUCCUUGGGCGAAUUGCACGGCAUCGACGAGGUGUUGGGAGGUUUUCAUGGACGGGAUUUGUAACGAGGAUUGUAAUAAUCCCGAGUGUUUGUUUGACGGACGUGAUUGUGAAAAAUCGCUACAGCCGUGUAACCCCAUUUACGACGCCUACUGUCAGAAACACUACGCUAAUGGGUUGUGUGAUUAUGGGUGUAAUAACGCUGAGUGUAACUGGGAUGGGUUGGACUGUGAAAAGGCACCGCCUGAGUUAGCCGAGGGUGUCAUUUCCAUGAUAAUCCUAAUGGACAUGCAAGGUUUUCGCAAGAAUUUGGUGGCAUUUUUACGCGACACUAGCCACCAGUUACGCACAAAUGUCCGAGUGAAGAAGGAUCAAGAAGGCCGCGAUAUGAUUUACCCUUGGUUGGGGUCAGAACCUAGCAAUUUUGACAGUUACUACACGCGUAAACACCACGUCAAAUACACCGAACAAACGCAAAGCGGUGUCAUAGUCUACUUGGAGAUUGACAAUCGGAAAUGUACAAUAACUGACAGUAGUGACAGUUGUUUUCAAACGGCAAGUGCCGCUGCUGAAUUUCUGGCCGCGAAAGCGUCAAAACACACACUGAGCCAAUCGUUCCCCAUUUAUCAAGUCAACGGUUCUAGUGGAAUAAUUGACGAUCUGGACACGCCCACUAAUGCGAAAUACGUGGUCCUUGGUUUUAUAAUCGUGUUUGCGUUCAGCGCUGCCAUUGCUGUCAUAGUAACCACGCAACGGAAACGCGCCAGUGGCAUCACGUGGUUUCCGGAAGGCUGGUCAUUGGCCAACACUGGGCCGCGUAGGCGGAGCCGCAGACGUGGCCCCGAAGGACAAGAACUGCGCAAUAUGGGCAAACACCCAUCGGUCCCACUCGAAAUUGAUAAUCAUGGGCAAGGUCAUGUGCCACAGUGGUCCGACGAUGACUCAGAUAUGCCACAACCGAAGCGUUUCCGUGGCUUGGAGACGGGUUAUGCGAGUGAUCAUACGGGGAUUACCGAUUACGAGGAGGCGGAGCCAAGGGUGUGGUCACAACAGCAUUUGGAGGCGGCUGAUGUUAAACCAAUCUCGAUGCUGACUCCGCCCCAAGGCGAUUUGAAUGAUGUUAACGCACGUGGACCGUGCGGUAUGACUCCAAUAAUGGUGGCGUCGACACGUGGCGGUGGCAUGGAUACGGGUGAGGAUGAUGAGGAUGAUUCAGCGGGGGCGGUGAUUCAGGAUUUGGUAGCGCAAGGGGCGGAGCUUAACGCUACCAUGGAUAAAACAGGCGAGACGUCGUUACAUUUAGCGGCACGUUAUGCCCGUGCCGACGCCGCUAAACGCCUACUUGAUGCCGGAGCGGAUGCUAAUGCGCAGGAUAAUACGGGACGAACGCCACUGCAUGCAGCUGUGGCGGCGGAUGCGUUGGGGGUUUUCCAGAUUUUGUUGCGGAAUCGGGCGACUAAUCUCAAUGCAAGGAUGCAUGAAGGGACGACGCCCUUGAUCCUGGCAGCGAGACUAGCUAUUGAAGGGAUGGUUCAGGAUUUGAUUAGUGCUGAAGCUGAUAUUAAUGCGGCGGAUAAUUCGGGGAAGACGGCAUUGCAUUGGGCCGCUGCUGUUAAUAAUGUGGAGGCGGUUAAUGUGUUGCUGGCCCAUGGGGCCAAUCGAGAUGCACAAGAUGAUAAGGAUGAAACGCCUCUGUUUCUUGCGGCAAGAGAAGGCUCAUAUCAGGCGUGUAAAGCACUACUUGAAGCUUACGCUAAUCGGGAAAUUACCGACCACAUGGAUAGAUUGCCACGAGAUGUCGCCAGUGAACGUCUACAUCAUGAUAUAGUGCGACUUUUGGAUGAACAUGUCCCAAGAAGUCCACAAAUGGUCAAUGUUAUACCGAAUAGUUCGAUGAUGACAUCACCUAGCGGCCAAUUACAAUUACAACAACCAACAGUAAUCGUCCCAAAACGUCAAAAAUCAAAAAGGCCGAGUAAAAACUCAAAUAAUAACAAUAACGCAUCGUUGGACCCGACAAGUCCCGAAAUGGAAACGAUCAACACCGGAAGUAUCCGACGUAAACCGAGCGUGAAAAAAUCAAAGAAACCAACCCCACAACAAGAAAUCCCCCAAAGUGUUGAUUCAAUAACUUCAACCUUAAGUCCAGUUGAAUCCCCAAUGACGACAAAUCUACCGAGUCCUUACGACACUGCAUCGAUUUACUCAAAUAUGGGCCUAACACCACAAGGACUUGAGUCAUUGAUUAAUAAACAACCACCAAGCUAUGAAGAUGUGGUUAAGAAUAAUUUACACGGUCUAGUUGGCUUGGAAAAUUACUCGUUCAAUUUGGGUAAUUUCCACGAUACGAUGAUGAUGCAGCAGCGCCAAUUACAACAAGCCAACACCUUAAGCCCACCCUAUUCGAAUCAAUCCCCGCCCCAUUCCGUGCAAUCGAAUAUGUCGUUAUCGCCGCAAGGUUAUAACGGUUCACCAUCCCCGGCCAAGACACGCCCCUCGCUCCCGACAAGCCCCACCCAUAUAGCGGCAAUGCGUGCCGCCACCCAACAGAAGCACGGAGGCGUGCCACAAGCACAAAAUUUACAAAUGGGUUUUGAUUUUAGUCAAACUGGAUUGGAGUUGCCAAUGGCGACAUAUCCAGGAUUGGUAAGUGGAAAUUUACAAUUUCAACAACAAAACUAUUAUCUGACUCCGCCCUCACAACACUCCGAUCUCUUACCGGAUAAUUUUCCAACACCGAGUCCGGAAAGUCCGGGUCACUGGUCGUCGAGUUCACCCCGGAGUUGUAAUUCGGAUUGGUCCGAAAAUGUCGCCAGUCCGAAUAAUACUUAUGGGGGUGGACAUCAGACUAACAAAGGCUCGGAUGCGAUCUAUAUUUGAGUAUAGAAUUAUAUGCCAAAAUUUACUAAAUACUACGUGCCUUGAACGGUUGUUAUUGUAAGAUUUUUUAUGACACAAUUGUACAUAUCUUUAUUUUUUAUUAAUAUUAUUAGUAGAGAAAGAGACAACUUAAGCAAGCUCCAAUCACAUGACAUUCGAUUAAUUAGGGUUUUUUUAUUUUAGUAAUUCUCAUUUAGUUAGCGUGUCUGUGAUUCAGAUAUUAGAAAAAGUAAUAAAAGGUUCGCUCGCUCGCUCAAAGAGGGCGUACGUAUCGUAAUUUUUGACAAUUUUUAUAAGACAAUAUAUUUUAGAAUAAAUUGUUAAUAUUUUUGAUAAAGAUAUUUAGGUAAUUUUUUAAACCAGUUUUUAAGUACAUUCCGUUGUUGGGAUCAAGUUUUAAAGCGUCUUUCAAAUUUCUGUAUAUUUUAAACCAGUUUGGAAGGUUUCUAUUUAUAUACUACUUCCUUUUUUUUUAAUUUUUUUAUAAUUGAAUCCUUGUAAAAAGUACUGAUUAGGCCACUAAUGAUGGAUUUAUUUUAAGGUUCUCUUUUUUUAGUUGAAACAUAUUGUACUAGUUGUUAAGUAAACGCAAAAAUUGCUUUUGUACUAUAUACAUAAUAAAUUCUUUUUUUUUUAAA